AUGUGGCGCUUGCUACUAUUAUGUGCAUCGACCUACGCAUGUUCGCUUUGCCCUUUGCGAGUUCCGCCGAGGCCACGACCAUUGGAUCAAUUCAAAUUACCGUCGAUUCCUGAUUUAAACUUGGAGACAAUGCCACAAUUUUGUAAUUUUUCGCGACAACUCGAUGUCGAGAAAAACUGCCGCAAGGGCUUCGAAAAACUUUUCUGUGCUACAGAUGACACACUAGAUUCUUUGGUAUGUCAUGGACAGACAGGAAACCAAAAAAGAUGCUCGGAAUGCGCUUAUAAAUGGGAACAAAGCAAAUGGGCAAUAUCAUGGUGGGAUUCUUUGGGUAAGCCGGCUGCUGGGGUAAGCGACGGCAAUUAUUAUUGGCUUGGAGACUAUGAACUUUGUUCACAGCUCAGAAAAUUUCAAGGUAAUUUUUCGCGACAACUCGAUGUCGAGAAAAACUGCCGCAAGGGCUUCGAAAAACUUUUCUGUGCUACAGAUGACACACUAGAUUCUUUGGUAUGUCAUGGACAGACAGGAAACCAAAAAAGAUGCUCGGAAUGCGCUUAUAAAUGGGAACAAAGCAAAUGGGCAAUAUCAUGGUGGGAUUCUUUGGGUAAGCCGGCUGCUGGGGUAAGCGACGGCAAUUAUUAUUGGCUUGGAGACUAUGAACUUUGUUCACAGCUCAGAAAAGACAAAAAGUUUGAUGGUCAGUAUUGCCGAAUAGAGUUAGAGAUUCCUGACGCACUGGUAGAGGAAGGAUGUCCUCAAACGGAUCCUCUAGCCAUUGUGCUAGGAGCGUGCUUGCCGAGAUCUUGCACAGAUGACCAACUUUACCAUCUUAUUCAA